UGACGCGCAGGGUUUUUUCACACUUUUGUAAACAACAUGGCGAUUGACGGAGUGGCCCAGCUUGCCCACUGAUCAAACACCGUGCUGCUGUCAAAGCCCAGCACUGCGUGGUCGACCGGGCUGAAAAUCCGGACCCAGCUAGCGGACAAGCCCCCGCCGGAACCAGCAGGAGUUGGACCGACGAGCUGUCAAGAGGACUGCCCAUCGGCCCUCCCAGUCUAUGGGCUCGCAGUCCAGUUCUGGGAUGUCUUGUGGAAGGGGCUCUUCCAGUGGCAACCCAGCAGACCAGUCUGAAGCAGCAGAACCGAACCAGAACCAGAACCAGAACCAGAGCAACAGCAGCAGCAGCGGCAGCAGCAGCCGAGGCCGCAGGACGGCUGACAGGCAGCAGAGCGACAGGCAGUCCGCUUUCGAGGAGGACGUUGAUCUAGCUGAAGUGCUGGCUUACCUACUGAGAAGGGGCCAGGUCAGAGUGGUCCAUGGCCAUGAAGCUACUGGACUGCAGCUGGUCCAGUCAUACUCUGACUCCGAUGAGGACAGCGACGGAGCCUGGGACGGGCGGCUGGGCGACCGCUACAAUCCGCCAGUGGACUCCCAGCCCGACACACAGGAAGUGGACCGCAGUGAGAUCCGAACGCAGAUCCUCCUGGCUACUGCCUCGUCCGCCUUGAAGAGCCGACACAGUUUCACCCACAUGCUCACAGAGAGAGAACAAGGCAGAUGUAGAGGCUCCAGUUUUUCCCAUGGAGAGUGCAGCCGUAUCCGCACACAUUUUCUGCCAAACUACGUGUCCCACAAGGAUACUUACCUGCAGAAAGCUUUUUGUGGACUGUACAGUGAGGAGGGCAACAUGUUCCUCUCCGCCUGCCAAGACCAGAAUAUCCGCCUGUACGACACCACCAGGGGGCGCUUCCACCUGCAGCGGACAGUGAAGGCGCGUGACGUGGGCUGGAGCGUGCUGGACGUCUGCUUCACUCCGGAUGCUCGCAAUGUGCUCUACUCCAGCUGGUCUGAUUACAUUCAUUUGUGCAGUAUAGAUGGAGACAGUGAAAACCACACCGCCCUGGACCUCAAGUUAGUGUUUCCCCUCAUAGUAACUUAUAACAUUACGAAGCAGGUAAUCUAUCACUCCUUACCCGCCUGGCCUCCUUCAGCUCCCCCUUCAUUUUCCACCCGGAUGAAUGACGCCGUCAGCAGCUGUCGCCCCAUCAUCCGUCCUGUCCUUCCUCUCCGUGUGUGUCUGUGUCCCUCUGUCCAACGCAGAGAUCAUUCAUUCGCUGUUUUUUUAAUUGAAAUAAAAAUUUUUUGUUGUGCAAUAUCACUUGGUAGGCUGCGUGGUUGGGGUUUACUGCUUUGCGAUAAUAACGUGUGUGUAUGCGUGUGUUUGCGUGUGUGUGUGUGUGUGUGUGUGUGUGUGCUCUGCAGUCCAGAUGAGAGGAGGUUCUGCGUGUUCUCGCUGGCUGCGUCAACAGAUGGCAAAGAGAUUCUGGGCGGAGCAAACGACGGCUGCCUUUACGUUUUUGAUCUCGAGCAGAAUAAGCGAACAUUGAAGAUCGAUGCCCACGAGGACGACGUGAACGCGGUGGCGUUCGCCGACAGCUCGUCCCAGCUGCUCUUUUCUGGCAGCGACGACGCUCUGUGCAAGGUGUGGGACAGACGGACGCUGCGAGAGGACAGGCCGCAGCCCGUCGGACAGCUGGCCGGCCACAGAGACGGCAUCACCUUCAUCCACAGCAAGGGCGACGCUCGCUAUCUCAUUAGCAACUCGAAGGACCAGUCCAUCAAGCUGUGGGACGUCCGGAAAUUCUCACCCAAAGAGGGUUUGGCUGCCUCCCGCCUGGCAGUCACCCAACAAAACUGGGACUACCGCUGGCAGCAGGUUCCCCAGAGAGCCCUGAAGAAACACAAACUGACCGGCGACACCUCGGUGAUGACCUACCGCGGCCACGGCGUUCUGCACACGCUCAUCCGCUGCCGCUUCUCGCCGGAGUUCAGCACCGGGCAGAGGUUCAUCUACUCCGGCUGCUCCACGGGAAAAAUCGUCAUCUACGACGUCCUGACUGGCAUGGUGGUGUCCAGGUUGUCGGGUCAUGACGCGUGUGUGAGGGACGUCAGCUGGCACCCCUACGAUGACAAAAUCAUCAGCAGCUCUUGGGACGGAGCGGUGCGCAUGUGGGAGCACAGACAAACCCACCCGCUGGAGGAAGAGCGGGAGAGGGAAGAGAAGAGAUGAAGGACGCGAUGACGAGGCCGCCCCCGAAACGGAGGCUGCUGGGAGUUCGGAAGCUCAGACGAACUGUGACCCUUUUAAUUCAAUGCUGGAUGUUAUCGAUCACGAGGCUGGCACGGCUGUGGGGUAUUGCCUCGGAACGGCUAAAUGGUCGCACCUUAAGAGCGGCUUUGAACACAAAGGGACGUCCUCUUGUUUGUUUUUGGAUCUUUGCCCCCCCCCCCCCCUUUUUUUUUUUUGUCUUGUGCAGAAUAAACCAGGCGACGCUUUUCGACUUAACCCGACCUCUGACUGCGCUGCAAAGUGCUGCAGUCAGAGCGAUAUUAAGACGUAAUGAUAAGUUAGUGCUUAAUAAGUUAGACGUGAUGGAUAUUGCAGGGAGAAAAUGACGAUGAUUCUGUAUACAUGUAUAGUAUUUUAAUGAGAUGUGCAUUGCGGGGGACGUCGGUAUUUGUUUUCAUUUUUGCUGUGAUGAGAUUUAGACGCCCAAAAUCCCAAAUAUUCCGCCUGACGAUAGAUUUUUCUCUCCACCAGUCUGCAAUACGACCAGCUGUUCCAAAAUGGCUUUUUAUUUAUAUAUAUUUUUUUUUAAGAGUGAUUUUUUUUUUUUUUUUUUUUGUUAGGCAGUAUCAACCUGUGAUAUAUUUCAAAGAAUUGAACAUGCGUGAUAUUGUGCUGAAAACUGACCCGGGGACGUGCUCAUGGUAAAUAUCUCUCACACUGAUCUGUAUAUGCAAUUUUCAGGUGUUUAUAAAUUUCUCCAAGUCUCAGUUUCAGACAGUUGUUUUACAGCGUCAAUAAAAAGAGAAUUUUCUUUGAUUGUA